UUUUGUAAUUUUCGGAUUAAAGAUUACAUUGAUUUUCAGGCUAAAAUGUUGCACUAAAGGAAUAACUACUUAAAUAAAAGUAAACGAAGAAGGGAGAAUUGAUGGAUAUAUUAAGAGGAUUGGAUAGAGAAGUGUAGAGAAUGGAGGGAGAAGUGGAGAGAAUGGAUGGAGCGGUGGAGCUGGAGCUGAUGAUAAACUCGAUCGAGGGAAAUAUUCCAACUCAAGGUUUGAUUGACAAUUUAGAAGCACUUGCUUUUAAGUGUCUUAAGGAUGAAUCACGGCAGAAACAUGUCACAACUAUUAAAAGAAUUCUUCAGUUUCUGGAUAUUCACUCGCAAACCUUCUGUGCCACUUUCUUGGAGUCACUACUCCAUACUCCAGAAACGCUUGGAUUGAAUGGUUCUGAUCCUAUAUUUCUUCUUCAUUUGGUGUGUGCUCUCAGUGAACAGUUAUUUCAAGAAAACUUUGAAAUUAUCAACUCUGCCGGAUUCUGGAAGCUAAUUCAGAUAGGGCUGACCCAUCAAUGUAGCUUAACCCGUAAGCGUGCCCUAUUCCUUAUGAAACGGUACACAGACACAAAGUCGCCAACAGUUAACUCUCAUGCCCAAGGGAUUCUUGGUGACAUGGAAACCAAGGACUGGGAAGAGUAUUUCUUAAUUCUUGAAACUCUGGAGGAAAAGCAGGUUCAUAUAGUGCAGCAGGUCAUGAAUAAACUCCCUGGGCUGGUCAGAUUCCAUGCUUCUUGGGUAUUCAUAGUUUACUGCAGGUUUUUCACCCACCAACACAUCACUGUUGUGAAAUGGGGAUUGGAAAACUUUCUCUUCACCUUCAAUACCCAAGCUGAAAAUUAUGCUGGAGAUAUUCAAAGCUUUUUGACAACUGAUUUACUGCAGUGUUUGAAUGAUAGUAAGCUAUAUACAAAAGAAGGAGAUGUACACUAUGGGCAAACCAUCAGAGAUCUGGUCACAGGCUACAUCAACCAGUUAGUAAUAAAGUAUAAAACAGAAGAGGAAUUAAUUAUUGGAAGCUUUGUUCAAGGAAUCUCUAAGGUUUCCUGGGGUCCACUACCCUUGUACUGGAUUUCUAGUGUUCUUCCACAAAUUCAAUGUGGAAACAUUCUUACAGAGACCAGUGUUCUCAGUCUUCUUGAUCUUGUAGAACUACAUAUGGUCUACCAAGAGCCUUUGCUAAGAGGAGCAGCCCAGCACAACCUACUUAGCUUUGUUUGUCAAAAGCUGGAAAGUAUUUCAAAACCAGUGUUAGAAACCUUCCUAUUCACAUUUUGGAGAAAUAAGAUUAUUACUGUGGACGCUUUCUCAAGGAAUGCAUUUCAAAUUGUCCUAUUUAAUAUGUAUGGUGAAGAUGCAAAUCGGAUUGUGGAGGAAACACUAGCUGAACUUAGAAACUUGAAAGAUUCAGUCCUUACUCCUGUGCAUUUACUUAUGAAAUCUGUCCAAAAGACCCUGCUUCCUUUUCUCAUAAUGUUUUCUGGCUCACCAUCAGAUCUUUUUACUACAAUUGGAAUGUUAUAUCAAUCUCUCUUUUCAAACGCCUUAAUAACCAAUAGGCCUUAUGCAGCAGAACGGGUCAAUCUAAACUUGGAGGAAGCAUCCAGAUUUAGAAUUGUUUUCUUUAAGUCAUUGAUGGAACUACUCAUUGCCCCAGAGAGGAGAAAUGGAAGGGACUUCUUGAAAUAUUAUGAAAGUAAACCGAGUUCUAAUCAUUUAUCAGAAAUGGUUUCAUAUCUGCUGCAGAAAAAUGAUAAUCUGGAAAGUAUUCUUACUUCUUUGGGUAUUUUGAAACUAAGUCAAGAUCUAGAAAAUAUUGGAAUAGCAGAUGUCUAUUGUGAUGUACUGUCAAUUGUUCCGAUCGAUCAAAGUAAAGCUGAGGACAUACUUGAACAAAAUCUAAAAGAACUGAUCAACUCAAAAGCUUCCUCUGUAGCCAGGGCCAUAUCACUAAAAGUCUGUUUAGCUAUUCUUAAUAGCUUCACAAAUUUGACAACUAUUGUUAUCAGAAGUGUAUUGACAAGCAUACCUAUUCAGCUAACUUUUGACCAUUCUGUAUCAAACAGGGAAUCUCAGAAGAUAUCUGGAGAGUAUAUGUAUGAGUUCACCAAUAACCAGAUGGAGCUGAUCAAGCUUUGCAUAGUCAGCAACCCUUCAGUUUUCACUCAAGAAAUCAGGGAAUCGAUAAUGAAUUAUCUUGAACAAACUCUGGAGUCUUGUGGUAGUAAGUGUGCUGAACCUGCAAUAGACUUGGCUAAUCUACUUGAUAUAUCUGCCCUAUCCUUAAUCAAUCAAACUGAAACAGUUCUGUUAGAGUUAAGGAAGAAUGAUAUGUUUUGGCCAGUGCUUCAAACAUCACUAGCCCUAAUUUUCUCCAACAUUAAAUAUAAUCCAGUAGAAAUGCUGAGAAUUCUUAAUACUACUGCCAGGGACAGCAGUGCUCCUGGAGUCAUGGGAUCUUUGAUCUUGAUGUUAGACAAGCAGUUUCAGAAGGGACUUCUUUAUGUUGAUGAUCAUCAUCUUAUGUAUGAAGGGGUGAUACCAAUAUUAGCUCGUGGAGUAGUAUUUGGUCCUACUUUUAGACGAGAUCAGAUGAUUGUGACGGACACCAAUAGAAUCAUUUCUGAGGAAGGAAGCCUACUCAGUGUCAAUCUAGUUGAGGGAAGUGAUCAUGAACUUUGUCAAACUGUUAGAAUCAAAUCCAUCAAUAUCCUAUUGUCCCUUAUUCAUCAGAACUCCACAUCAGCAAAGAGCAUCAUACUUGACUUCCUUAAAUCAACUGCAGACUUGCAGCUAGAAGUUUCGAAGGGUAGGAUACGUCACUUUGAGAACUCUGAGGUCCAUAAGCUAAGGAACAGAAUGAUGCAAGCUCUGUUGCUUGUAAGCAGUGUUGUUGGUGCUCAUCCACUUAUAGAUGAAACGUUCAAGGUUGAACUGCUGAACAUAUUACUGGAACAGCUCCUGGAGCACACUGAGCAGACCAGUGUAAGGUAUUUGACGGAAUGGAGUGCAGUCACUUUGAUCAAAUCUAGCCUUGAUUUGAGUUCUAGAUCCAACAGAAUACCUUCAGGGCUAGAAAACUCUUUGUGGGACUGGUUAGAAAAGGCCAGCAGUUUACGUAUUGGUGCUGUUCCUAGUUUUAUUAGUGUUAUCUGCGGUGUGUGUCAGCACGCCCGCCUGCCUGACCGUCCUAGCUAUCUGGAGAAGGCGUUGGUAGAAAUCAGUCCUUGGAGUAUGGCACAGCAGUUUGGAAUCAGGGUUGUAGCACAGCUAAGUUUCCGUAAAAUUUGGGACUGCUGUUCUGAGUUCCCGGAAAUACUCCAGAAAUACCACGUGCUCAACCAGUGCCUCAGUCGCAGUUUAUACGCUAGUGACAAAUCUACCAAGAAUUUGGCUGAGGAUUUCUAUCUGGCCAGGUUUGAUCCUGUGGAACACUUCACACUUCAAGAUAUAUUUCUUCAUUUCCCAAACCUCUGUGGGCUAGGAGAUGAAGAGAAGAUAUCUAGAAAUGUUUUAACCUUAAUGAAAACUGAUGCAAUACAGGGUUUGGUUGGGAGUGGGGACGAAUCCUCAACCCUUGAAAAUUGUUCUCCUACUAAACUAGUACCUAGAGAAACAUCAGUCAUUCAUCCUUCAGCCGACAACAUUCAGCGAAAAAUAACUCCGUGGAAAUCCAUGAGUGUAGAGGCAGACAGUGAUGAAUCCCAGAGAUUCAGUAAGACUAAAUCACGUGAGUACCCAGAUCUAAUUGUUAUAGCAUCGUUAAUAGACAGAAUGCCAAAUUUGGGUGGACUUUGUCGAACUUGUGAAAUAUUUGGCGUCGGAACAAUGACAAUUCCGUCGUCCGCAGCUCUGAAGGACAAAGAUUUUACCGGAAUAUCCGUGACAGCGGAGCAAUGGAUUCCGUUGGAAGAGGUGUCGGAACCAAAUCUACCGGAAUAUUUGAUAACGCUGAAAAAAGAAGGGUGGACUUUAGUCGCAAUUGAACAGGCUUCCCGUAGUGUUCCUUUAAACCGGUUUAAGUUCCCACAGAAAUGCGCCAUUCUUCUCGGAAAGGAGAGAGAAGGGGUUCCCGUGGAGCUUCUCAACCUAGUUGAUUAUUGUCUAGAAGUUCCUCAACACGGGCUCAUCAGAUCCUUUAACGUGCAUGUGACAGGUGCUAUUGUACUCUGGGAGUAUGUUCGACAACAUUUGUAAAAUUUUAAGAAAAUCAAAUUAUUUUUGCAUUUUUUCAGA